AUGCAUUUCUCUGCGGUAGAUAAAGAUGACGGUGCUGUCUCAUUGACUUCCACUGUCAACUUGAUGUUUGAUGCGAAAUUUAUGGAUCCUGUCACUGGAAUUAUUUUGAAUGAUGAAUUGGUUGUCUUCAGUAUCCCCGGCGUUCCUAACAAUUUUUGCUUGUUUCCUAGUCAUUGCAACUACAUCGGGCCCUUCGGACCUCCCUUGUUCACCAUCACACCCACUAAUAUUGAAGAUGAAGAUAACAAUUUCCAAUUGACGCCUAGAAUUCAUCAUCAAUUGAUUCCUAAUAAAGCUCGAUUCGAAACUGGUCAUAGUGCAAAAAUCUUGGAGGUUUUGAUAACAAAGGGACAUCAGUUCCGUAAUUUACCAGAAACAGGUACAGCAUCUGCAUCACAAGCUAUUAGACGCUUUAGUGAUGGUCCAAUUCAUGCUGCCAGUGAUCUUAGAAAGCAAGGCGUAGCUACUGAAUAUUAA